CCUGUGAUCACGCCCCCCUGUGAAGAAGAGGCGGCGCGGCCUUGUGAACUCUUUCCUCGCGGACGGUAGCAUUGAACGGAAGGCUAUUCACAUCGGAACCAUGGCGGAAAUCGACCAGCAAGACUCCCAGGACGCCCUCAACAAUGGCAGCGACAACAACAGCGAGUGCGACGACCAGUGUGACGCCAGCAUGGCGGAGGAGAGCCAUUCCAACGGCAUGAAGAAGGACAAUGACGACACAAAAGAAGAGAAAUCCACGCUUAAAGAGAAAUCUGGAAAUAGAAAGGGAAACAGAUUCCAUCCUUAUGGAAAAGAGAAGGGCUCUGGGGAGAAAAAGGGUCAGAGCCGGAAUAGGGUGUUCAUCAGCAAUAUUCCUUAUGACAUGAAAUGGCAAGCCAUUAAAGACCUUAUGAGGGAGAAAGUUGGUGAGGUUACAUACGUGGAGCUCUUUAAGGAUUCUGAAGGAAAAUCAAGGGGCUGUGGUGUGGUGGAGUUUAAAGACAUGGAAUUUGUACAAAAGGCAUUGGAUGUAAUGAAUAAGCAUGAUCUAAAUGGAAGACCCCUUAACAUCAAGGCGGAUCCAGAUGGGGAGCAUGCACGAAGAGUUCUGCAGCGUAGUGGAGGCCAGUUCCCUGGGAGCCAUAACGCUGAUGUAGGCCCUGGAAUUGUAAACCUCCCACCUUCAAUUCUCAAUAACCCCAACAUCCCUCCAGAGAUAAUCACUGCUUUAAGAGCUGGGCGACUUGGAACAACAGUCUUUGUUGCUAAUCUGGACUUUAAAGUUGGGUGGAAGAAACUGAAGGAAGUGUUUAGCAUUGCUGGAAAUGUGAAGAGAGCCGACAUUAAGGAAGAUAAAGAUGGAAAAAGUCGUGGCAUGGGAACGGUUACCUUUGAACAAUCCAUAGAGGCAGUUCAAGCAAUCUCUAUGUUUAAUGGACAGUUCUUGUUUGAUAGACCUAUGCAUGUAAAAAUGGAUGAUAAGUCGCUUCCCCCAGAUGACUUUCAUGCAAUGGAAAAACCACCUCAGUUACCUCGUGGGCUUGGUGGAAUUGGAAUGGGUCUUGGACCAGGUGGACAGCCUAUCAGUGCAACACAAAUUGGAAUGGGUAGUGGAAUGGGCAGCAUGGGUCCAUCAGGUAUGGAUGGACCUGGCUUUGGUGGAAUGAGUAGAAUGGGAGGAAGUGGAUUUGGUGGCAUGGAUGGACUAAGUAGCAUGUCAGGAUUUAGUGGAGUGAGCCGAAUGACAGGAAUGGGUGGUGUAGAUGACUUCAGAGGCAGUUUAGGCUCUGGCAUGAGUGGAGGCAUGUCGAGUAGCAUGGCGAGCAUGGCAAGCAGCAUGGGAGACUUGUACAGAGGAGGAAUGGGAAGCAGCAUGGACAGAGACUUUGGUCGCAGUGAGCUUGGAUUAAGUCGUGGCUUUGGAGAUUCAUUUGGAGGAAUGAGCAGUGCCAUGGUUGGAAGUUUUGGUGGAAUGGGUUCUUCUUCUCUUGGUCCUUUGGGAUCUGGAAUGAGCACUGGAAUGAGCGCUGUAAAUAACCUAGGUAUGGGCCUUGGUAUGGACAGAAUGAGUUCCAGCUUUGACCGUAUUGGUGGAGGUUUGGACAGAGCCAUGGAUAUGGACAGAGGUUUUGGAGGAUUUGGUUCCACCCCGUUGGGAGGCGGCUUAAGAGAACGAGGAAAUAAAGGAUGCCAAAUAUUUGUUAGAAAUCUCCCAUUUGACUUGACAUGGCAGAAAUUGAAAGAAAAAUUCAGUCAGUGUGGUCGAGUAAUGUUUGCUGAAAUUAAAAUGGAGAACGGAAAAUCUAAAGGCUGUGGAACUGUGAGAUUUGAUGCCCCAGAGACGGCAGAGAAUGCAUGCAGAUUAAUGAAUGGCAUAAAAAUCAAUGGCAGAGAAAUUGACGUCCGCUUAGAUCGCAAUGCAUAAUUCCUUAUUUUUAGUGACAUUCCCACAUUUGAUCAUUCUUUGGUAAAUAGUAACAGUGAUAGAACUGUAAAGGAUAACUUUUUAGUUCUAAGUCUUUGAUAGUGUGGUGUUUAAUGUAUUUUCUUUUUUCGUUGUAAAUCCAACUUGGUUUUUAAGCACCAUGUCUAGUCAUUCAGUUUAAAUGAAUUGACAUACUGUUUUUAAUAAAGCCUGUUUCUCACAGCUAGUUUGAAAGUCUGUGGUGGAGUUUUAAUGCUGUAUUUUAUCCUGAAAUAUUGUAUUGAAUUACACAGAUGAAAUGCCUAGAAAUUACAAUAAACUGGUGAAAAUGGCAAA